CAGCACCGGCACCAGGAUGAGCGUGGAAGCGAGCAGCAAGCCCCUGAAGGUGGGCUCCAGAGUCGAAGUCAUCGGGAAAGGGCACCGUGGUACCGUGGCUUACGUUGGUGCCACCCUGUUUGCCACGGGGAAGUGGGUCGGUGUCAUCCUGGAUGAAGCAAAGGGCAAGAACGAUGGGACCGUGCAGGGCAGGAAAUACUUCACCUGUGAAGAAAACCACGGCAUCUUUGUGCGGCAGUCACAGAUCCAGGUCUUUGAAGAUGGAGCUGAUACAACAUCCCCAGAAACACCAGAAUCUGCCGCCUUGAAAGUCCCCAAAAGAGAUUCCCUGGACGCCGCCAAAGCCAGCAAACUGCGUGGAGUGAAACCUAAAAAGGCCCCAGCAACACGGAAGACCACGGCCCGGCGGCCCAAGCCCACCCGGACCCCCAAUUCUGCAGCAUCCAGCGGCACGGCUGGGCCCUCGGGCUCAGCCUCUGCCUCCGGUGGGGAGAUGAGCAGCAGCGAGCCCAGCACGCCUGCUCAGACGCCGCUGGUGGCCCCGGUUAUUCCAACUCCCUCCCUGACCUCUCCGGUGGCACCUCCGGUUCCCUCACCCACAAAGGAGGAGGAAAACUUGCGUUCUCAAGUCAGGGACCUGGAGGAGAAAUUGGAGACUCUGAAGAUAAAGCGAAAUGAAGACAAAGCAAAGCUUAAAGAGCUCGAGAAGUACAAGAUCCAGCUGGAGCAGGUGCAAGAAUGGAAGAGCAAAAUGCAAGAACAACAGGCUGAUCUCCAGAAACGUUUAAAGGAGGCCAAAAAGGAAGCCAAAGAUGCCUUGGAAGCCAAGGAGCGCUACAUGGAGGAGAUGGCAGACACCGCCGAUGCGAUUGAGAUGGCAACCCUGGACAAGGAGAUGGCAGAAGAGCGAGCAGAGUCCCUGCAGCAGGAGGUGGACUCCCUGAAAGAGAAGGUGGAAUAUCUCACGAUGGACCUGGAGAUCCUGAAGCACGAGAUUGAAGAGAAAGGCUCGGAUGGAGCAGCAUCCAGUUACCAAGUCAAACAGUUGGAAGAGCAAAACGCGAGACUCAAGGAAGCUCUUGUAAGGAUGCGGGACUUGUCUGCGUCGGAGAAGCAGGAACACGUGAAGCUUCAAAAGCAAAUGGAGAAGAAAAACACGGAGCUGGAGUCCCUGCGUCAGCAGAGGGAGAAGCUUCAGGAGGAGGUGAAGCAGGCGGAGAAAACGGUUGAUGAGCUAAAGGAGCAGGUGGAUGCUGCUUUGGGUGCUGAAGAGAUGGUGGAGACUCUGACGGAGAGGAACUUAGACCUGGAGGAGAAGGUCCGGGAGCUGCGCGAGACUGUUGGGGACCUGGAAGCCAUGAACGAGAUGAAUGACGAGCUGCAGGAAAACGCCCGGGAGACAGAGCUGGAGUUACGGGAGCAGCUGGAUAUGGCGACGGCGCGGGUCCGCGAGGCAGAGAAGCGUGUGGAGGCUGCGCAGGAGACCGUGGCCGACUACCAGCAGACCAUCAAAAAAUACAGAGAGCUGACCGCACACCUUCAGGACGUGAACCGAGAACUCAUGAGUCAGCAAGAAGCGUCUGCCGAGAAACAGCAGCAGCCUCCUCCCGAGAUGUUUGACUUCAAGAUUAAAUUUGCAGAGACGAAAGCCCAUGCUAAGGCCAUCGAGAUGGAGCUGCGCCAGAUGGAGGUGCAGCAGGCCAACCGGCACGUCUCCCUCCUCACCUCCUUCAUGCCCGACAGCUUCCUGCGCCACGGAGGGGACCAUGACUGCAUCCUGGUGCUGCUGCUCAUCCCUCGGCUCAUCUGCAAGGCUGAGCUGAUCAGCAAACAGGCUCAGGAGAAGUUUGAUCUGAACGAAAACUGCGCAGAGCGCACCGGCCUCAGGGGCGCUGCGGGAGAGCAGCUGAGCUUCGCUGCCGGGCUGGUCUAUUCCCUGAGCCUCCUGCAAGCCACGCUGCACAAAUACGAACAGGCCCUGAACAAAUGCAGCGUGGAGGUGUAUAAGAAGGUGGGCAUGCUGUACCCCGAGAUGAGCGUCCACGAGCGCUCGCUGGACUUCCUGAUCGAGCUGCUGCACAAGGACCAGCUGGACGAGACGGUCAACGUGGAGCCGCUGACCAAAGCCAUCAAGUACUACCAGCAUCUGUACAGCAUCCACCUGGCUGACCAGGCUGAAGACUGCACGAUGCAGCUGGCCGACCACAUCAAGUUCACCCAGAGUGCCUUGGACUGCAUGGGGGUGGAGGUGUGCCGGCUGCGAUCCUUCCUCCAGGCUGGGCAGGAGGCGUCCGACCUUGCCAUCCUCCUCAAGGACUUGGAGACCUCGUGCAGCGACAUUCGCCAGUUCUGCAAGAAGAUCAGGCGCCGCAUGCCUGGGACGGACGCUCCGGGUAUCCCUGCGGCACUGGGCUUCGGGCAGCAGGUGUCGGACACGCUGCUGGACUGCCGCAAGCACCUGACGUGGGUGGUGGCCGUGCUGCAGGAGGUGGCUGCUGCUGGGGCGCAGAUGAUUGCUCCUCUGGCGGAGAACGAGGGGCUGCUGGCGGUGAAGCUGGAGGAUCUGGCCUUCAAAGCGAGCGAGCAGAUCUACGGCACCCAGGGCAUCAACCCCUACGAGUGUCUGCGUCAGUCUUGCAGCAUCCUCAUCGCGACCAUGAACAAGAUGGCCACGGCUAUGCAGGAGGGAGAAUACGACGCGGAUAGGCCACAGACCAAGCCCACCCCACCUGCGGACCUACGGGCAGCGGCUCUUCGGGCAGAGAUCACCGAUGCUGAGGGGCUGGGGCUUAAGCUGGAGGACAGGGAGACAGUCAUCAAAGAACUGAAAAAGUCGCUCAAGAUCAAGGGCGAGGAGCUCAGCGAAGCAAACGUGCGGCUCAGCCUCCUGGAGAAGAAGCUGGACAGCGCGUCCAAGGAUGCAGAUGACCGUGUGGAAAAGAUACAGACGAAGCUGGAUGAGACCCAGACGCUGCUCAAAAAGAAAGAGAAGGAGUUUGAGGAGACCAUGGAUGCUCUUCAGGCAGAUAUCGACCAGCUGGAAUCGGAGAAGGUGGAGCUGAAGCAGCGCUUGAACAACCAGUCAAAGCGAACCAUCGAGGGCCUGCGCGGUGCCCCUGCCUCUGGAGUUGCCUCCAUCGUGUCUGGCAUUGCCGGAGAGGAACAGCAGAGAGGGGUCGGUGCCGGCCAGGUGACGGGAGGUGGCUCAGGACCCGUCCAGGUGAAGGACUCGCCUCUUCUUCUCCAGCAAAUUGAUGCCCUGCAGCUUUCCAUCAAGCACCUCAAGAACGAGAACAACCGGCUCAAGGGAGCCCAGAUGAAGAUGGAGCUGGCCAGCCUGAUGCCUCUGCAGGUGCCCAAGAUCUCCCUCCCCAAGAACAGGCAGGGAGAAGGUCUGGCCACACACACGCUGUAUCGCAAGACCAGCCAGCUCUUGGAAACCCUCUAUCAGAUGAGCGCUAACGCCAAGGUUGUGAACAUGAAGCAGACCAAGUCGGCGAGGAGCUCGUCGGCGCGGCUGCUGGAGCAGACGGCCCGCCUGUGGUCCCUCAAAAACAGCAUCGACACCCUGAGGGAUGACACGAUGAGGGAGAUGGUUCAGCAGCAGCUGGGUGCCAGCGUCCCCACCAACUUCGGCGUCUUCCCCUCCUCCUCCUUCCUGAAGGCCAAGCAGGAGAAGGAGGAGGGCAUGGCGUACUACGGCAAAGUGACCUUCCCCUGCCAGCCCGGGCACAGCCAGGCGCACCGGCUGCUCCUCACCCCCGAGCUCCUCCUCAAGCUGCAGAGCCACUUCGUCUCCUAAGCCCGGAGCCCCCCCCCGCCCCCCCGCACAGACUGAGGUUCAUUGCACACCCCCUCCCCCCCGCUGAGCGUUCCCUGCCAGAGCCCGGUGUGAGCCCGGUGCUAACCCGCAGCCCGGGCCUCGGCAGCGCCCCCCCCCGCCCUCCUCCCGGGGGGCCCCGGCUGCUUUUCCUCCCUGUCCCCCCUCGUGGGGCGGGAGCCGGAGCCGCUUUCCCCCGGGCCGAAAUGCCGGGGGCUUCCCCCGGACCCCCCCCCCUUCCCCGCCCCGCCGCUGCCAGCGCUGUCAGACACUACAGCCGCCCGUUAACCCGCCGUCGGCCCCCCGGGACCCCCCCGCGGCCUGGGCUGCACCGGGGGUGGG